UUCUCACCAAUUAGGUGCGCCCAUGGGUCAAGCUCGUCCAAUCACAGCUCACGCGGUGGAUAAGGUUGGUUGUAUCCCGCUGGGGAGCUUUUUUCCGCUGUUGAGUCAGCGGGAGAACCGUUACUCGACCGAGACAGCGGCGCUCUCACCGGUAACGCUCAAGGAGUUAUUCCAGACUCAGUUGAAGCGGUCGCUCACAGGUAGGGUCGGCGUUAAAGCAGCACCUGCUCCCGCCGCCUGCUUCAGCACCCUGAGUCCUGAUGGACGGUCACCGGGCAGAGGACGGUUUUCUGGCUGGAGAGCCCCUCAGCACUUGGCCAGGAAGUACGCAUUGAGAGGCUUUUGCUCCAAUGACUCUACCGGCAAGGACUCUUCAACAGAGAAGAGAAGAAAGGCGGGCAUCCUGCCCAGCCUGGAGGAUCUGCUGUUCUACACCAUCGCAGAGGGCCAAGAAAAAAUCCCUGCACACAAAUUUACCACAGCUCUGAAGGCCACAGGGCUUCGCACGGGAGACCCGCGGCUGAAAGAAUGUAUGGAGAUGCUGAAGGUGACCUUGAAGACAACCUCAGACGGAGCGCUGGACCGACACCUCUUCAAAAAAUGUGUCCAGAGCAACAUCGUUCUGCUCACCCAGGCCUUCAGGAAGAAGUUUGUUAUUCCAGACUUCCAGUCCUUCUCUGCUCACAUCGACGAGCUGUACGAAAACGCCAAAAACAUGUCUGGAGGGCAGGUGGCAGACUACAUUCCCCAGCUGGCACGCUUCAGCCCAGACCUGUGGGCCGUCGCCCUGUGCACAGUCGACGGACAGAGGCACACUGUCGGCGACACCAAAGUUCCCUUCUGUCUGCAGUCCUGCGUGAAGCCGCUGAAAUACGCCAUCGCCGUUCACGACCACGGCACUGAGUACGUGCAUCGCUUCAUCGGCAAAGAGCCCAGCGGCCUGCGCUUCAACAAGCUCUUCCUGAACGAGGACGAUAAACCACACAACCCCAUGGUUAAUGCUGGUGCUAUUGUCUGCACCUCCCUCAUUAAGCAAGGGGCGAGCAACGCCGAGAAAUUUGAUUACGUCAUGAACUUCAUGAACAAGCUGGCAGGAAACGAGUAUGUGGGCUUCAGCAAUGCCACUUUCCAGUCAGAGCGUGAGUCUGGAGACAGAAACUUCGCCAUUGGCUACUACCUGAAGGAGAAGAAGUGUUUUCCAGAGGGGACGGACAUGACGUCCAUCCUGGACUUCUACUUCCAGUUGUGCUCCAUCGAGGUGACCUGUGAGAGUGCCAGCGUUAUGGCGGCAACUCUGGCCAACGGCGGUUUCUGUCCAAUAACGGGCGAGCGUGUGCUGAGCCCUGAGUCUGUGCGAAACACUCUGAGUCUGAUGCACUCCUGCGGCAUGUAUGACUUCUCCGGACAGUUCGCUUUUCACGUUGGUCUGCCGGCUAAAUCGGGUGUGGCUGGCGGGAUCCUGCUGGUCGUUCCCAACGUGAUGGGCAUCAUGUGUUGGUCUCCUCCGCUCGACAAGCUGGGCAACAGCGUCAGAGGCAUCCAGUUCUGCACGGAUUUGGUUUCCCUGUGUAACUUCCACAACUACGACAACCUGAGGCACUUUGCAAAGAAGCUGGAUCCUCGCAGGGAGGGAGGAGACCAGAGGGUGAAGUCUGUGAUCAACCUGCUGUUUGCUGCUUACACAGGAGACGUCUCAGCUCUCAGGAGGUUUGCGCUGUCCUCCAUGGACAUGGAGCAGAGGGACUACGACUCGAGGACAGCGCUGCACGUGGCCGCCGCUGAAGGACAUGCUGAGGUGGUCCGCUUCCUGCUGGAGGCCUGCAAGGUCAACCCAGUUCCCAAAGACAGGUGGGGGAACACGCCGAUGGAUGAGGCCGUGCACUUCGGCCACCAUGACGUUGUCACCAUCCUCCGCGAUUACCACAAUCAGUACACCCAUCAGGAAGGCAGCACGGCCAAGAAGAACGAAGAGAACCUGGACGGGAUGCUGUGAUGGAGAAUGCGCUGCUCAGCCGUGUGAGGCCGGGCGCUUGCCUCCACCAGCGAGGGGAAGAGAUCAGGCGGUGCUUUAGACAAAAAACUGGAAAGAUCGCAAGUAGACGCAUCGCUGAAAUAACUGAAAACAAACCUUUACAGUAUCUGUUAGCGCAGCAGCUGCCUCCCUCCGAGUGUAAGUGCUCCUCAUCAUGUUCUCUUUAGGUGUCGUUGUGUUUUUGUAUCGCCGCUUGUGUGCUCUGAGUGUGGAAGUACUCUUAUUUUCCGUGUUUCAGCUUUUACGUUGACGGUUCUUUUUAUUCUGAACAUCAGCAACAGGAAGCAGCAGCUGCAUAAAACCUUCGUUAUGGAGUGUAACUCCGCCCCCACAAACAGUUUUUGAUGUGCGUUUGUGAUAAUCGAUGUAAGAUAAACUGUACAUUACUGUAGUGUUUGUGUAUAUUAACCGAGGACGGCGAGUCUCUGUAAAUAGGUGUACAAAUGUGUAGUCGAUCAGUCUCGUGUGGUGAUGGGUUCAGAUUUGAUAACAGUGUGCGUUUCAGUCACUUUUGGAAAGUAUUUGAACCAUAAAAUUCUUAUUAUUAUUAGUUUUUUUUGGUAAGCAGCUUUUUAAUGUGGCAACAGAUGAGUUAAAAGAUUUUUUGUUUUUAUUGUUGUUUUUUUUCCACUGAAACUGGAAUUUUUCACCCGUCUUUUCUUUUAUUUACUAUUUAUUUCAGGUUUAUUAUUUUUUUAAAGUGGUAAUAACGUAAAGCAAGCCAGCCAAAGUUCAGUUCGUACUUCGUCUCCUGACCAUUGAAAGUGUUUCUGCAUAUCAGACGCGACACUGUCAGGGCUCCUAGUGAAUGACUGUAAACAUGCAAGAAAAUGUUUUUCUUACACUUUGUCUUAGUUUAAAGAAGUCACAGCAGAAAAUGGAUGCACUCAGCAAUGGAGAUAUUUCAAUACUUUUAUUUUGAAAGUCUGUCUAGUGUAUUUCAGUAUGUGGCAUAAACAGUGAGCUGAUUGGUCCCUGUGAGUUGCUUUAAAGUAGCUGAAGAGUACCGUGAGAGUUGCUACUACUACUCUUACUAUUCUAGUUAUUAUCACAAAUCCUUUAGUGGCAUUGUUUGAAAACGGAAAUCAGUUUAAACAUUUUAAGGUCUUGCUAAUGGAGACCUAGAGACUUGUCACUGAGUUGAAAUUGGUUGCAAAGAACGUGUUGCUCUGAUAGCCAACAUGUUGCUUGGAUCACCUGUUGUUGGCAUUGAAGAUGCCGACCGAUCUGCAGAGGUCAAUUCUCAGUCCUCAUAAUUUCUCUACCGCUCAGUGAGCAGCUGGCAAGUGUCGGCAGAUAAGUUGGAGUCUUUCAUACAAACUGCACAAAUACAGCAACCUGUUGGCCACUAAAGCGAGGUUUUCGGUACACUAGUCUUUGUAACCAACCUUAAAAUGAAUAUGCAUGUUUCCUAGCAACCUGUACGUUCUCUAGGAUUAAGAUAACACAGAGCAACUUGACAGUUUCACCUUACUUAUCUUUUGACUUUAUAUAUCAUCUAUAUAUCUUAUAGAUGGUUCUUAAUCUUUCUCCUCAUUAAACUUCUUUUUAAAACUUUAUUGGUAAUUCUACCAGCCUCUGAGGACAGCCUCUGUUUCUAGGCACAAAUUGUAAAAUCCCCCAAAGCAACAUUUAAAUACAGUGUUAUUUAAAUGAAGUCUUGAAAGAAUCUGCUUGAGUACUUUUUUUUUUUUUUUUUUUUCCUUUCCUGCUGUAGACGUGAAAAUCCUCGGAUCUACAUCUUAACUAAUCCUGCAUUUUAAGCUACCUAAAGUUGGAAUUAAAAACAUCCAGCGUUCGUUUAAUAACCAGUGAACUGCUUCCUUUGUUGACCCUCUCAUUUUCUGCUGUUCAAAUUUAAAGGCUUUUAUUUUAAAGGAGCAGUCAUACUUGAAAAGCAGAUGUGUUUUUGUGUGUCUGAAGCGUGUUUGACUGUUUUUACUUUGUGAGCGAACAAACUGAACCAGACAGUCUGCGACAUAAUCCACAAUUUAGAAAAUCCACAAAAACAGUUUUUGUUUUUUCCUCAGGUUUGGAUCAGUUCAUCCAGUUUACAUUUCAAAUUAAAAAAGGAACUUAAAGGAAGCACAAAACGCCAAUAUUUUUGACACUAGUAGCAAUAGAGAUGACGUGAUUGUAGGAUGAGGUGAACUGAUCCAAAUCAAAGUCCAAAGUAUUCUGAAUGUAACGUGUUUGGUGUUGUUCUGUUUCUUCUUCAUGUGUAUGUAAAGCUGCUGCAGCUCACUGAGCAACUGCAGGCGGCCCAGAUAUUUAUUCACAGAAUAAAAACAUGAAAAAACCA